CUGGAAUUUGACUCCAACAAGGGCAAGGUGACCCUUUGGCAAUUUCUGCUACAAUUACUUCUGGACCAUCGGUAUGCUGAACUCAUCCGUUGGACGAACAAUGCCGGUGAAUUUGUCCUUUUGCGCGCCGAGGAGGUGGCCCGUCUGUGGGGACUACGCAAAGACAAUAAUCACCGCAUGAACUACGAUAAACUCUCACGGGCUCUACGGUAUUACUACCAAAAGAACAUAAUUCGUAAGGUGCACGGACACAAGUUCGUCUACCGUUUCAUCGGCCUCAAUAACCUCAAGGGUUUCGCCUUCCCCGCUGCUCACCUUGCCUCAGAACAGUCAAAAGAGAACAGCGUAAUGCAACCCGGAGAUCGAUUUCCCCCUCCUCCUCACCCGCCCCCAGAGGUCAACAAAUCCUCCACCACCAAGAAGACUCCCAAAACACACCGAAAUUCAACUACCAGUUUGGAAUUCCCAGGCAACAGUCAGUCCAAGGGCUAUGGCGAUUUCUCAAGAGGACUGCUUCCCGGACUGGGUGCUGCAUCCGCU